AUGUUUGCAACAUUCAAAGAGACAAAACCAAAAAAGAGAAAUAACAAUAGUAAAAAUGCAAAUAGCAACAAAACAAAACGUACAACAAGAGCACUUAGAAAAUUUGUGCUUUUCAAAACGACUUUUUACCAGGUGUUGUGCACGCAUAAUCCGGACGUUGUUGGUGACGACGAACAAGACUUUUUGGAGUAUCUCGCGGAGCAAGUCUGGGACGAGGGAAUUUUACAGCAGGUGUCGUUAAUCGAUCUUAGUAGUAAUAGUGGUGCUACUGAUAACUAUAGUAAUAGUGUUUCAAAGAUAGUUGACUCAAGUAAUGAUAGUAACAAUGGUAUCCAACUUAAUGAACAAGAAAUAAUCGCCAAAAUUUGUGAAGCCGGCCUUUACAAUUUGGCGGAAUCUAUUCCAUUCAAUUUGUAUCAGAAUUCAGUUCCUACUGCAGGAAAAUUUUAUGCUUCAUCCGACUGCAAAAACGAACUAGUUUGGAAUGCAUUAUGGCUACAUCGAGCAACAAAUGAGUCUAAUCAGCAUGCAAAUACCACAUGGAAAGCAGAUGCUGAACACUAUCUAUGCAACAGACUACUGGUAGAUGUAAACUUACUCGUGGAGGCCUCUUGUGCUGCGAAAGAGAAAGUAAAUGAUGCGGCUUUAACUGAAUAUACCUGUUUAAUAUAUGCAUCUUAUGUGAUCAUCAAAGAAAAUUGA